AUGGACAGAUCUUUUGUCAAUAGUUCUCCAUUGAACACUAGCAAAAGCAAAUAAAUGUACACCUUCCCCAAAGCCAAACGGUGGGUUGAUUUAAAGGACAAUCUAUGUCCUCCAAUAUAUUAAUUACCAACUACUUUAAGCAAAAGAGCAGCAGGCAUUGGUUACGGCAAGAAAGUGAAUCUCACUCACGAAACCAUCACGCCAGCUCCCAAUUUCUAUUAGGUCCAUCAAAAUCAAGAACAUGGGUGGACCAUGGGAUUAGGAAGAGAUCAUGCAAACAAAUAUGAGAGCAUAUUCUUGGGACUAGUCCAAAAUACUCCAGGACCUGGGACUUAUAAAUUCAAAGAUUCCCUCUCUCCUGUUCGUUACAGCAUCAGACAGAGAUUGUCGAGUCGUAAAGAGAAAGAACGAAAACCUGGACCAGGUCACUACAACUUACCAAGCAGUAUUAAUAGCAGAGGGGUAUACACUCUUAGUCAAUACAGAAAUUCCGGAGCCAUAGUCUUGGCUCCUCCCAAAACCCAUUCAGAGAGGAAGAUGAAGGAUACUACCCCUGGUCCUGGCUCAUAUAAAUAGAUUGGAAACAUGGACCCUUUGGGAACAUACUUCUGCUCAAAGUAUAGUGCAAGCAAAUGCAACAAAUUUCCAAGAGCGCAGCGUUCUAUGUCUGAUAAUCAUAAUCGCUCCCCAGGACCUGGGACAUAUAAAUUGCCCUCUGAUUUUGGGUUUUGA